AUGGAAAGUGAUAUCGAAAAAAGUCCACUUAUUUUCAAAGAUUACAAAAAUCACCAAUGCAUCAGAAAAUGUGACAGUCGUUUCCCAUUGACGUGUGAAUACAACUUCACAGUAGAAUACUAUCACACAUUAUCCAAAGCAUGCUUCAACUGUCCACACAACGUCACAGAUUGUGCACGUCCACACUGUGUGGUGGCGGACGGAACUAAAAGGGGGAUAAUCACGGUGAACAGAAUGGUGCCUGGCCCCGGGAUCCAUAUAUGCGAAGGAGACACUAUAGUAGUUAAUGUACACAACAAAUUGGAAGGUUCUGAUGGACUGUCCAUUCACUGGCAUGGACUUCACCAAAGAAAUACACCACAUAUGGAUGGGAUCUCCAUGAUUACUCAAUGCGCUAUCCCUGCGCAUUCGUCAUUCCAAUACAAGUUCAAGCCUGACUUCCCCGGAACCUAUUUUUGGCACUCCCAUUCCGGGCUUCAGAGAAUGGACGGAGUUUUUGGAGCUCUUGUGAUCCGUCAGUCGGAUAUCACCGAGCCUCAUCUGGAACUUUAUGAUCAUGAUUUACCGGAACAUACUAUAAUGAUAAACGAUUGGUUGGCGGAAUUGGCUAUCAAUCGAUUCGCCAAAUAUAUCCAUGCAUUUGGCGACAGCACUCCCGCUUCAAUGCUCAUUAAUGGAAAAGGAACAUUCCAGGCAUUUACAAAUGUAGAUAAUACCACACUUUACACACCCCGUGAGAUGCUGUCUGUUGAGCAAGGAAAACGCUACAGGAUCCGUCUAAUUAGCAAUGGUUUAUUGGAAUGUCCCAUCCAGUUCUCUAUAGACAAUCAUAGCCUCAUCAUCAUAGCUACUGACGGUUUUCCCGUGCAGCCUAUCACAGUACAAUCACUUACCGUGUUUGCUGGUGAACGAUAUGAUAUUGUACUCCAUGCAACACAGUCUGUUGACAACUAUUGGAUUCGGACUCGCGGUGAAGCACUCUGUGUUUUUAAAAAGGUGCACCAAGAGGCUAUCCUUCAUUAUCAAGGAGCUGAGGGAAACCUUCCAGACUUAUCUACUGGGUAUGACACAGAGAUUCGCUCAGGAAAGAAACUAAAUCCAUGGGACAAAGCGGAAAGUGAGAAUCUGAUUCCAGUAACCAGACUUGUAUCACUUCAUGAAAACGAUAAGGCUCUAUCAGAAACUCCGGAUAAAACAGUGUACAUGUCCAUGGAUUUUAACAAGAUUGACAACUACGAUUUCCACGACCCCAUGUUGAACCCCAGUUCUGCAGUGGAGAGCUCCUCUCACACAUAUUUACCCCAGAUCAACUAUAUAUCGUCAAUGCUACCUCCAGCACCACCUCUCACACAAUAUAAAGAUAUCCCUAAGGAACUGAUAUGUGAUUCUUUAAAUGAUGACCAUAACUGCUCGUCAGAAUUUUGCAAAUGUGUCCACAUUAAAAAGGUCAAUCUAGGCGAUGUGGUAGAGUUUGUCAUAGUGAACGAAGGUAAAACGUUUGAAGGCAAUCAUCCCAUGCAUCUUCAUGGCUACAGUUAUAGGGUGGUUGGUAUGGAUAAGCUUAAACGAUCUACUACCCUCCAAGAGGUAAAGAAGUUGAAUGAAGCAGGGAACAUUUCCAGAAAUCUAAAUAUGUCGGUUAAAAAGGACACAGUAACUGUGCCAAAUGGUGGAUAUACCAUUCUCCGAAUACAUGCCACCAAUCCAGGUUUUUGGUUUUUCCAUUGCCAUAUUGAUUUCCAUGUCGAGGAGGGAAUGGGUAUUAUACUACAAGUUGGAGAAAUUAGCCAGAUGCCAAAACCACCAUAUAACUUUCCUAGAUGUGGGAACUGGAAGUAUACGACUCAUGUUAAGGAAGAGACAGGAUGUCCAGUUAACAGUGCGAAUAGUCUACAUUAUGCACCAAUGGCUUUAUUGAUCUUUAUCUAUGUAAUCCUGUUAUUGAAAGACAUGUAAAAGCAAUUCAUGUUUGUCUUGCCCCUUUGAUUUAAUGCACUAUCUAACAUUGAGGAUAGUACUGAGCAUUUACAUUAGAUUAGAUAAUACUUACAUCUUCUAAACGCUGUACAUUUACAGAAAAUAAACUUCACUAUCAAUUACUAAAUAAACAAAAGCUUUAAUACUUUUACACACAAAUAUUUGUACACAUUAUUUUAUUAUGUGCAUCAUCAUACUUGCUCUAAGCAUCCGUCACUCUACUGCACUCAACAAUACAAAGAUAGUUUCGAUUCAACACCAUACACUGCACGUUUUACACCAUACUUCAUACACCGAGACCUCAGGAAUCUAUGUCUGCGAUAUUAUUAAGAGCAACUUAAGUUUAAUUCCGAAUUCACUAAAGAAAUUGCUAGACAGUAAAAAAUGUAAGUGUUGUAAGGAAGCCUGUUAGAAGAAUGAAAGCCUAAACUCAGAUAAAUAAGUACAGGUAGUGGAAAGGUACCAUGAAGGGUAUUCGAAUGGAAGUUCCAGUAUAGGGUAACUGUCAAGAUACUAUGUAAGAAAGUUAACAUAUGGUAAAUGUAAAAAUACUAUGCAAGACAAAUGAAUAGUAAAGCACCGUAAAUGUGACAAUAGCACAUUUAAUUUUCUACUCAAAAAGGUAUAGCUUUUGUUUUACAUGAAAAUUCAGACUAUGUGAAAAAAAUUACAAAUUUAACGAGGAACGUAAAUCACAAUUCACAUCACUUCUUUACCUGAAACAUUUCAAACUUUUAAAAAUAGUUUUUUAUUUAAAUUACGAUUUACUUUAAAAUUUAAUAAUUUCAUUACAUUAUAAAACAUUCUUGUAGAAGCUGUCAAUAAUAUUAUUAAUUAAACACUUUCGCGAUCCUUUCAAGGCUGCUAUUCGCUCUGGAGCAAAUACACUGUAUAUAUUGUCAAGAUAUUGUAGUUUUAUGCUAAUCAACAAGUAGCGAUUUUAUUGUAAAAGAUUAAAUUACAUUGAAGUAUAAUUAAUACUUUUGUUCUACUCUGUACCUGGUGAAUUUUACAUGCAUAUUUUUGUAUGUUUAUCUAUGUAUCCUAGUAAAUCUCUGGUCC